GACGAAUUGUCCGUGAAUGCAACGACUCCCGUCCAACAUGGCGGCUCAGCGUAGGAAUUUAAUGCAGAGCCAUCAGAGCUGGACAGAUGACCUGCCACUGUGCCAGAUGUGUGGGGUUGGCACAGCUCCCAAUUGUGUGUACAGUCCUGAUGGGAAAGGAACUCAGAGCCAUCCCAACGAGGAUGGACACCUCAGGUUCAGAGGCGAGGAUGGCUGCUUCCUGUACGGGGUGUUUAACGGAUAUGAUGGCAGCAGAGUGGCCAGUUUUGCCUCCCAGUGUCUCACAGCUGAACUGCUGCUAGGACAGCUCACUUCCAAUCACACAGACGGCGACGUCCGCAGGAUCCUUACUCAGGCCUUUGAUGCGGUGGAGAAGAGCUACUUUGAGACGAUAGGCGACGCUCUGGCUGAGAAAGCCCACCUGUCCAACUACGUCCUACCGCACAACGAGAACGUGUCCUUCCACCAGCUUUCUUCUCAGAGUCAGAAGGUGCAGGAGCGUCUGAAGGAGCUGGAGCAGGAGGUGUCAGGAGGAGCUACAGCCGUGGUGGCGCUGAUCCUCAACAACAAGCUCUACAUCGCCAAUGUUGGUACCAACAGGGCACUGCUGUGUAAGUCCAGCAGCGACGGCCAGAACCAGGUUCUCCAGAUCGGACGACCGCACAGUACCGACAACGAGGACGAGCUGCAGAGACUGGCCACCCUGGGUGUGGACUCGGCUCGUGUGAGGCAGGCGGGGCAGAUAGCGGGACAGAGUAGCACCAGGAGGCUCGGAGACUACAGGGUCAAAUUCAACUACAGUGAAAUUGACCUGCUCAGUCCGGCCAAGACGAGGCCAGUCGUCGCAGAGCCAGAGAUUCAUGGCAGCCAGUCUCUGGACGGUGUGACAGGCUUCUUGUUGCUCAUGUCAGAAGGUCUAAUCAAUGCCCUUGAGUCCGCCCACGGCCCUGAACAAGCCAAUCAGGAAAUCGUUGCCAUGGUAGCAGCAGAGCUGGCCCAGCAGAACAGUCUGGAGGCAGUGGCUCAGUCGGUGGUGGAGCGCGUCAAGCGGCUGCACCACGACGUCUACGUGUCCGGCCGUCAGAGGUCGACCUACUGUUCUCGGCAUGAGGACAUGACCCUGCUCAUCCGCACGCUCAACAUGCCGCUGGCUGAUGGAGCGCUCACGCCCACACAGGGUGGUCGUAUCUACCCCGUGUCCGUGCCCUACUCCAACAGCCAGAGCACCAGUAAAACUAGCGUCACCCUCUCACUGGUCAUGCCCUCCCAAAGUACCCUCACCAAUGGAACCAACACUGCCUCCACCUUAGAGGAAGGCACCCCCACACCAGGCAGUCAGAGCCCAACGGCCACCCUCCAGUCCACCAACACCCAGACGCAGAGCUCCAGCUCCAGCUCGGGAGACGGGAGCUUGUUCCGCCAGAGAGGCAGUCAGGCGGCGCAGCCCGACGAGACGGGCCGGGUCCCGCCCUACGUGGACUUCAGUCAAUUUUACCGCCUGUGGGGGAGCGACCACAGUGACGGUCAGAGCACCCAGGGAGGACUGGGACCCCAGUGAUGAGGAUGAGGAGGGUGCUGGGUACACGGAUUGUGAAGGGACAGAGAUUUUAGGAGGUGGUUGGGCUGACCGAUGAAAUGCUAUUAAUGUAUUAUAACUAAAAAUUAAGUGACCUAAAGGUGCAUGGGGGACGCAUGGCGGAAGGACAAGGGUUUUUUUUUAAUUCAUGGUCUUGCUAUCAAAGAACUGUGAAGCCAGUGUGGGAAGGAACGAUCCCUGAAAGAGGGAGAAAACGGUGUCAUUUCACACCACACCAAUGAUCUGUGCUCUUCCGUAAUAGAUGCUGGUCGUGACUGAUUGUGAAUAUAUGUAAUCCAGAUUGUAUCCGGUUUUUUUUUCUUUAUUUGUCAGCUGUAAAAACAUAUAUCUGCAAACAGGAAUCUCAUAGACCUGAGAUUUUACAGAGCUGAGAAUAAUUACAUACUGUAAGGCCUUAAAGUGGAAUGAAUGAAUGGAGUUUGAAAGUACUUUUUUUUUUAUUUGCAAUGAAAUAUAUCACCCAAAUGAAUGAA